UGUGCCUCUUUGACACCACAGUCUCUGGCUAUUUGGGAUUUGCCAUUUUCUCCGAGCUCAGCAUUAUGGAAAUGCUUUCCCACAUCCUUUCUUUCCCUGGCUUCCUACUUCAGAACGUGACUCUUGCCCUUUUGUCCUUGCUCCAGCGUAUCCCAGUUAUAAGGAAUCUGGUAUCCCACCGGAAACCUCCAGUUGCUUUCAGCCACCGGAAGGGCUUAGAAUGCCUCUCGCCGUUAUUCUCCACCGUAGAAGAAACACCUGAAGUGAUCCCAACAAAAAUUGAAGGGCAGAUUCCCAGAUGGCUGAAAGGAAAGCUACUGAGGAACGGGCCAGGGAAAUUCGAGUUCGGGUCAGAUAAGUAUAACCACUGGUUCGAUGGCAUGGCGCUGCUGCAUCAGUUUGAAAUUGAGGAUGGGGUGGUGAAGUAUAGCAGCAAGUUUCUCAGGAGCAAUUCUUACCUGACCAACAGCAAGGACAAUCGGAUCAUGGUCUCUGAAUUUGGCACCUUGGCCUUGCCAGAUCCUUGCAAGACCAUUUUUGAGCGCUUCAGGUCAAGGUUUGAAUGGUCAGAAGAGACAGACAACUGCUCUGUGAAUUAUGUGGUCUUCAAAGGUGACUAUUUUGUCAGCACAGAGACCAGUCUAAUGCACAAGGUGGAUCUGGACACGCUUGAAACGAAGGAGAAGGUGAAUUGGAGAAAACACGUCGCAGUGAAUGGAGCCACAGCCCACCCACACUAUGACCCGGAUGGAACGGUGUACAACAUGGGCAACUCUUACGGCAAGCACGGCUCCAACUAUAACAUCAUCCGUGUUCCUCCCCAGAAGUCUCACCCUGAUGACUCCAGCCUGCAAGGGGCAGAAGUGCUGUGCACCAUUGAGCCAGAGAACAGAAUGAAGCCAUCCUAUUAUCACAGCUUUGGAAUGAGUGAAAACUAUGUGAUUUUUAUUGAGCAGCCCUUCAAAAUAAACCUGUGGAAGAUUAUUACAGCCAAGUGUUUUGGGAGAUCCUUUCUGGAGGGAAUGGGUUGGGAGCCUCAGCAAAACACCCGCUUUCAUGUCGUGAACAAGCACACGGGGCAGGCCUUGCCUUUGCUGUAUCAUAGCAAGCCCUUCUGCUUUUUCCAUCAAAUCAAUGCCUUUGAGGAUCAGGGAUGCAUUGUCCUGGAUCUCUGCUGUUACGACGAUGGCAGCGUUUUUGACAUUUACCGCCUGCAGAACCUCCACAAGGCAGGGGAAGCCCUUGAUCAGACCUACAACUUACUCCCGAAGUCGUUUCCACGGCGCUUUGUUCUCCCCAUCAGGGUGAGCCCCAAGACGUCUGUGGGGAAGAAUGUUAGCCCUUUGUCCUACUCAUCGGCAGGAGCUGUGAAAGAGGCUGAUGGGAAGAUCUGGUGCACCCCUGAAAGUCUACACAACGAGGACCUCCAAGGAGCAGGAGGCCUGGAGUUCCCCCAGAUCAACUAUGCACAUUACUGUGGGAAAAAGUACCGUUAUUUCUAUGGCUGUGGCUUUGGGCAUAUCGUUGGAGAUGCCUUGGUCAAGAUGGAUACAGCAACCAAGGAGAUGAAGAUUUGGCAAGAGAAAGGAAUGUAUCCUUCUGAGCCAGUGUUCGUGCCAGAACCUCACUCUGCAGCAGAAGACAGUGGAGUGAUACUUUCGGUGGUGCUCACACCCAAGCAGAAUCAAGGUAGCUUCCUGCUUAUUCUGGAUGCCAAGAAUUUCAGCGAACUGGGCCGCACCGAGAUCCCUGUCCAGAUCCCCUAUGGCUUCCACGGCAGCUUUGUCCCCAGCAGAAAUUCCACCGGCUAAUCUCCUUUUUCUGCUGAGAAGGGAGAGAUUCGGGGUCUGCUCCACGAUGCUGUGUGCCCAAAAUGCGGCAGCUCCGGGCAAAUCUCUUAAUCUAGGUGCGCAUUGAUUUAUCAGGCUACCCAAUGAGGUUCUGCUCUGAUUCACAGAGCAGUGGCCACUUUAGCUAAUCUAAGGCAGGUUUUCUAAUCUAAAGCAAGACGUUCGUGAUUAUGAUGCACACUGGUAGCUGGGGACUAGAUAAAUUUUGCUUACAUACACAAGCUUUUUUAAUUAAAAAAAAAGAGGUUUUGCUAAAUGUGGUAUAUAAUAAAGUCUUUGCCCAUGUCCUUAA